ACCCGCAUUUCCCCCAAAAAACCAAUCCGGCCAUAUGCUCUGUGCUAAAACCUUGGGAGGUUUCCGUUUCCGCCGUUGCUCUCUCUCCUCUUUGUCCGAUCUCCUCCUGCCCAGCCACCUCUCUCUCCGCCCCUUCUCCGCCGCCGCCGCCACGCCGGCACCUCCGCCCUCUCCCUCACUGUCAACUUCGGGGCCCACCAUGGCAGCUCACCCGAAGGAUGAGAACUACCUGAAACUAGUGAUUCCUAAGCGCAUCGCUCUCUUCGAGUCCAUCAAAGCCCAGCAGCUCUCCCAACGCCAAUCCAUCGCCGGUGAACCUAUCAAGAUAACAUUACCGAAUGGGACAGUGAAGGAAGGGAAGAAGUGGGAGACAUCUCCUCUGGAUGUUGCUAGGGAGAUAUCCAAGAGCUUGGCAGCGAAUGCUUUGAUCUCGCAGGUGGAUGGAGUUCUGUGGGAUAUGUCGAGACCACUCGAGGGUGAUUGCGAACUUAAGAUAUUCACAUUCGAUAGCGAUGAAGGGCACGACACUUUCUGGCACUCAAGUGCCCACAUUUUGGGCCAGUCCCUUGAAAUGGAGUAUGGUUGUAAGCUUUGCAUUGGGCCCUGCACUACCAGAGGAGAGGGAUUCUACUAUGAUGCUUUCUAUGGUGACUUGGGCUUGAAUGAUGACCACUUCAAGCAAAUUGAGGCUGGGGCGGGUAAAGCUGUUGCGGAAAAACAGCCAUUUGAACGCAUUGAGGUGUCUAGGGAUCAGGCACUGGACGUGUUUUCUGAUAAUCCUUUUAAGGUCGAAAUCAUUAAGGAUUUGCCUGCCGACAAAACAAUCACUGUGUACAGGUGUGGUCCCUUGGUUGAUUUGUGUCGAGGGCCUCACAUACCGAAUACUUCUUUUGUUAAGGCAUUUGCCUGUUUGAAGGCUUCUUCAGCAUAUUGGAGGGGAAACAAAGAUAGGGAAAGUUUGCAGAGAGUAUAUGGGAUAUCUUACCCAGAUCAGAAAAGAUUGAAGGAGUAUAUUCAUCAGCUUGAAGAAGCAAAGAAAUAUGAUCAUAGAUUAUUAGGUACUAAACAAGAGCUUUUUUUUUGCCACCCAUUAAGUCCUGGUAGUUGGUUCUUCCUUCCUCAUGGAGCUCGAAUCUACAACAAGCUCGUGGAGUUUAUAAAAUCGCAAUACAGAGAUCGAGGGUACCAGGAGGUCCUGUCACCAAAUAUGUAUAACAUGCAACUGUGGGAGACAUCUGGUCAUGCUGCAAACUACAAGGAGAACAUGUUCGUUUUUGAGAUUGAAAAACAAGAAUUUGGAUUGAAACCAAUGAAUUGCCCUGGCCACUGCUUGAUGUUUAAACAUAGAGUUCGUUCAUAUAGAGAACUUCCUCUUAGAAUUGCUGAUUUUGGUGUCUUGCAUCGUAACGAGGCCAGUGGUGCUCUUACUGGACUGACACGAGUCAGGAGAUUUCAGCAGGAUGAUGCUCACAUCUUUUGCAGGGAGUCACAGAUAAAAGAUGAAGUUAGAAGUGUCUUAGAGUUUAUCAGUUACGUCUAUAAAGUUUUUGGGUUCACUUUUGACCUCAAGUUGUCUACAAGACCUGAGAAAUAUCUAGGAGAUUUGGCAACAUGGGAGAAAGCUGAGGCUGCCCUUGCUGAAGCGUUAAAUGAGUUUGGGAAGCCGUGGCAGAUAAAUGAAGCAGAUGGUGCAUUUUAUGGACCAAAGAUAGAUAUCAGUGUUUCUGAUGCCUUGAAUAGGAAAUUUCAGUGUGCUACAUUGCAGUUGGAUUUCCAGCUCCCUGCCCGUUUCGAGUUGUCUUACUCAGCAGAAGAUGAAGGUAAGACAGAGAUUCCUGUUAUGAUACACAGAGCCAUUCUUGGUUCUGUUGAACGAAUGUUUGCUAUACUGUUGGAGCAUUACAAGGGGAAAUGGCCUUUCUGGCUUAGUCCACGCCAGGCAAUUGUGUGCCCUGUGUCAGAGAAGUCUCACUCCUAUGCUCUAAAGGUGCGGGAUCAAAUUCAUGAUGCUGGUUAUUAUGUUGAUGUUGAUGAAACCGAUAGAAAGAUUCAGAAAAAGGUAAGGGAAGCUCAAUUGGCCCAAUACAAUUACAUACUUGUAGUCGGUGAAGAGGAGGCAAACACUGGACAGGUUAGUGUUCGCGUGAGAGACAAAUCCGACCAUUCUGUCAUGAGUGUUGGGGACAUGCUUAAGUUCUUCAAGGAGGAAGCUGCAGCUUUUCACUGAAGAAAAUGAUUUUGAAGUAUGAUCCAGAACUAAUGGGAUUUGUUUUGUUUCCACUCCGCAUUGGAGUUUCAGAGAUA